UGUAACACUGUGUAAACAUAACGGAGCUGUUGAAAUUCUGCUACGUAAAUUGGAUAAAAAUCUCGAAAAUCCAAACAGUUGCAUAUAUUUUUCGAAAGUAUCAAGCAUGGUGGACGUGCCACUAUCAAUGAAAGCCAUCACUUUGGAUCUGCUAAGAGAUGCCAGAGAGACAGUGAGGACCAGUCCUUUGGGAGUCAUCAAUACUCCUAUGAUCCCAUGGUGCCAAACAACACUACCGCUCAACAUCCCCUGUAACAUCCACAUCAAACUGGAGAACAUGCAGAGGACUGGUUCGUUUAAGAUAAGAGGAGUGGCCAACCAGUUUGCCAGGAGACCAAAAGGAGCCCAUUUUGUCACCAUGUCUGCAGGGAACUAUGGGAAGUCUUUUGCGUAUGCCUCUAAACACUACGGCUCCAAGGGGAAAGUGGUGAUGCCAGAGACAGCCCCUGUAUCCAGAUCUACACUCAUACAAAAUUUUGGAUGUGAGGUGGAACGGGUGCCCACGGCCUUGCUGAUGAACGUGGUGAAUCGUUGUGUCCAGGAGGAAAACAUGACGUUCCUCCACUCAUAUGACGACCUGGACCUGAUUGCAGGACAUGCCAGUCUAGGUUUUGAGGUACUGGAGGUGAUGCCCCAGCCUGAUGUGGUGGUGGUGUGCUGUGGAGGAGGAGGUCUACUGGCUGGGGUGGCUGCUGCCAUCAAACUGGCCGGCUGCGAGAAGACAAGGAUCUAUGGAGUAGAGCCAGAAGGAGCCUGCACCAUGUACAAAAGUUUCAUCGAGAAGAAGCCUAUAGGCAUGGACACCAAGAGCAUCGCGUCAGGACUGGCUCCACCUUUUGCAGGCACCCUACCCUACGAGCUGUGCCAGCGCUACGUUGAGGAGAUCGUACUGGUGAGCGAUGAGGAGAUCAAGGCUGCCGUGUCGACCCUGUACAGGGCGGGGCUCCUGGUGGAACCGUCAGGGUCCGCGGCAUUCGCUGCCAUCGCUAACGACAGAAUCCCUGACAUUGCUGGGAGGAACGUGGUGGUCAUCCUCAGUGGAGGAAACAUUGGCAAAGACGAGCUCACUAACUUCCCUGAUUGAAUAUCUAGUUACUUACUUAGGUAUUUUUCUACUCAUGAAGCGUAGGCCACUGACAACAGUUUUCCAGCGUAUUUAGUCCGCCGUGAUUUGUUCAAGUUCUCCUCAUGCGUUUCCCCAUUGAAUGUUCCCAAAGUUAUUAUUACAGUGACUACUACAGAGAAUAAAGAUUGAUUAUUCCAACCAGUCUGAGUUAGGAGAAAUUAUGCAUUAUUAUUUUACUACGUUGACUGUUACAGAGAAGAAAGAAUGACCAUCGCUCUAACCAGCCAAAGUUAGGUGCAAAUCAUGCAUUAUUUUUCUCACUAAUACUUUUUAUACUGUGCUAUUAUCUUUUUGCAAAUAAACUAUGCAAUGUAUUCAAUAUCAGGAA